AUGCCUUCUGCCGCACGAAACUGGUUCGCCCGCCACUGCGCUCCUCCUCCUCCCCUCACAAACACUCCCGUCUGCCCCUGCACCACCUGCUUCAACGGUGGCUCCCACAACAACAACUCGGCCUCCUUCUCCGUCACCACAUCCACUGACCGGAGACGUGCCGACUCGGAAACCUCUUCCAUCUCAAGCGGCACCACAGUCACCACCGUGUCACAUAUCGAGACCACCAAGCAAUAA